UAAAAACUCUCCCUUUCCUUCUCUCUCUCUCUCUCUCUCUCUCUCUCCUAACGAAAAAUCCAAAAGGGAAUACCCUGUUCUUCGCAUCGCUCGCCCUACAACAAACUCUCUUUGCGGAUCUCACCCUUUGAUUUCCCCCCGUUUUCUCCUCCAUGUCUCCAAAUUUUAGAUUCGAUCGGUGAAUGAUUAGUUUUAUAAGGAUCAUUCACUGAAGAAAGCUCGUGGCAAUUUCAAGAAAUGGCUUCUAUGGGUGUUGUUUCUACCUCAAGUUUGAGAGAACCAGCUGGUCAUAAUGCUGCUGGUGUUGAUAGGUUACCCGAAGAGAUGAAUGACAUGAAAAUUAGAGAUGACAAGGAAGUGGAAGCAACUGUUGUCGAUGGCAAUGGGACAGAGACAGGCCAUAUUAUUGUGACAACAAUUGGUGGUCGAAAUGGCUACCCAAAGCAGACAAUCAGCUACAUGGCAGAACGUGCUGUCGGGCAUGGAUCAUUUGGAGUCGUGUUUCAGGCAAAGUGCUUAGAGACUGGGGAAACUGUGGCUAUAAAGAAGGUUCUCCAAGACAAAAGGUACAAGAACCGUGAGCUGCAAACUAUGCGGCUUCUUGAUCAUCCAAAUGUUGUCGCGUUAAAGCAUUGCUUCUUCUCAACCACCGAAAAGGAUGAACUGUAUCUCAACCUUGUUCUUGAGUAUGUCCCGGAAACAGUUCAUAGGGUGAUAAAGCACUACAACAAGUUGAAUCAAAGGAUGCCACUGAUCUAUGUAAAACUUUACAUGUACCAGAUCUUCAGAGCAUUGUCAUAUAUCCACCGCUGUAUUGGGGUGUGCCACCGGGACAUUAAACCUCAAAACCUUUUGGUGAACCCACAUACUCACCAGGUUAAACUAUGUGAUUUUGGGAGUGCAAAAGUCCUGGUGAAAGGGGAGCCAAAUAUAUCCUACAUCUGUUCAAGAUACUACAGAGCUCCUGAGCUUAUUUUUGGAGCUACAGAGUAUACUUCAGCAAUUGAUAUAUGGUCUGCAGGUUGUGUUCUUGCUGAGCUAUUGCUUGGUCAGGUAGUUGAUUGCGUCUGUUUGCGAUUUUGA